AUGUUGUUCAACUCUAUCGUGGUCGCGACCCUCCUCUCAUUAGGAUCAGCAAUCCCACUCGCAAGUCCCCAAACCGGUUUGCCCGAGGAUGGUGUUUACCGUUGGAAAGUACAAGGCUGGUUGACCAAAUGUGCGCCAGGAUCAAUUUCAGAUUGUACCUAUCGUAAGAAGAAUCCCCUUCCUCUGAAACAAACCAAGUGCCAGUCAAAACUAAUCACUCGAAACUCAGAAUUCAAAAUUGAGGGCGACGACUUCGGUGCAAAAGGCAUCCCAAGUUUUAAGGAGACUUGCGAGGGAAAAUUCUUUGACGGAUCUGUGUCGGAUGGGUCAUUUCAAUCAACAUGUUCAGCCCCGUUUCUAAAAGCCAGGAUAACUGAUGGUGAUGAUAUGAACCUUCUUCUUGCAGUCAGCUACGAAUUCAGGGAAUCUAGGUAAGUGCCUACUUUUUGAUCAAAAUAGAACGGGAAGAUGGGAACUAAUAGGUAAUUUUAGGAUUGGAGGUAGUUUGAGGACUUUCACUAGCGCCGGUACCAAAGCUCGUAAAAUCACCCGCACCAACCCACAGUCCUUCAAUAUAGACAACAUCGAGGAAAGAUCUGAAUUCGCUGUUUAG